AUGAGUGUUAUGGAGAUGAGUCACAGAGAGAAGGAAUUCCUCUCCAUCAUCCAAAAAGCAGAGUCAGAUCUGAGACAGUUACUCGAUAUCUCCGAAGAUUACGCCGUUCUCCUCCUCCAAGGCGGCGCCACCACCCAAUCCGCCGACAUCCCUCUCAACAUCUGUACACCCGAAGAUCCCGUUGAUUACAUUGUGACCGGGUCGUGGGGCGACAAGCCAUUCAAGGAAGCAACAAAAUACUGCAAGCCUAAGAACCACAACGCCAGGUAA